AUGGGGUUAAAUGCGAGUCAGCUUCGACUAGUGCCAACCACAUUGAAGGGAUUUACGGGAGAUGUAGUCCAACCUAUGGGGUUCAUCACAUUGCCUGUGUCAGUGGGAACUGAUCCUCACCUCACCACCACUAUGACUGAGUUCUUGGUAGUCAAAAGGCAAUCAUCAUAUAAUGCCAUUAUAGGCCGGCCAACUUUGAACGCCUUGAAAGCGAUCACGUCCACUUAUCAUUUGAAAAUAAAGUUUACUACGAAGGUGGGAGUUGGUGCGGUACGUGGGGAACAGGUGCUUGCCCGAGAGUGUUAUGUGCAAGAACUAAAACGAGGGGAGAGAGAUGUAAAAAUGGUAGAGCCGCAAGAAAAUGGAGAUGCGACUUACCCAUCGUCUCCUCAUGAGGUUUUCAUGAUGGAGGUAGAUACGAGGGAUGAAGAAACAUUGAGGCAAGAAUAA